AUGUUAAGUGGUGAUUCAUAUGUUACUGAUCCAAAAAUGUGGACGUGUUCAUGUCCAGCUUAUCUUAACAGCUCACAAGGUUUAGAGCCGGUCAAGAAAGAUGAACUUGAUGAAGAAUCUGAGCUAAUUAAUAAGAAAAAUAUAUUAAUAGAAGAUGUAGAACAAAAUGAUGAAACUGACGAGAAACUUGCGGAAGCACUCCAAGAAUAUAAAAAAAGCAAUGAUUAG